CUCAACAAGCCCCAACCAGUAAGAGUCUACCUUGGCCAUAGCUCGCUUUCUAUAUUUGCUGGGGCUGAGCAGCCUUUCUUUUCAGGAGUGGGGGUGGCUUGCAUUUGAUCUCACUGUGAGCUGCUCUGUGCCUUCCUUUCCCAGCUCCCAAAUGGCAGCGGAUUCUGCCUGGCAUUACCAAUUCCGGAUUAUUAUGUUGGGUGAUUCCACUGUGGGCAAGUCCUCUCUCCUGAAGUGCUACACUGAAGGAGUCUUCCUGGAGUCAACAAGCCAAACUGUAGGGGUGGAUUUUUAUGUUCACUUUUUGGAGAUCAAACCUGGCCUGCGCAUCAAGCUACAGUUAUCUGUGACUCGUUCGUAUUACCGCAACUCAGCAGGUGGAAUGCUGAUGUUUGAUCUGACCAACCGAGUAUCUUUCGAGAGCAUCAAGAAGUGGCACCAGGAAGUGAUGGAGACUGUCAAGCCUUAUCACGUGGCCUUUGUGCUGGUUGGCCACAAGAGUGACUUGGAGGCCGAACGCAAGGUUGGGCAGAAAGAGGCUGAGAAACUGGCAUCUUCGCUAGGAGCAAAGUACAUAGAAACGUCAGCUAAGACCAGCCAGAAUGUGAAGGAGGCUUUUCAGACAUUAACCUCAGUAAUCUAUGAAGCACUGGAAAGUGGGAAAAUGAGGCCAAACGAGCAGUGGGAUGGAGUGAAAUGCAAGUUACCACCUGAGGCACAGCCUAAGGUACAGGAAGAGAGGAGAAAGAAGAAAUGCUCGUGCUAGCAACAUAAAAGUACCUCUGGGAGACAUGCAGGAGUUACCCAAGACCAUCUUAGAGUGCCACCCAUCUAUAUAUCUAA